AUGGAUGAUCUCCCAGCAGGGUCCCGUCCCGCGGUUGUCCGCUCUCAAGUCGCGAUGGACUCCGAAUCGGAGGAAUCUGGAUCGACCACUCCUACCAAUGCAGAUACCGCAGACACAGAGACUGAGCCAUUCCCUGAAUACAACGAGUCCGAGUGUGAAAUGCUUGCAUCGUCCAUCGAAGCCGACAGACGCCACGAGGAAGCAUGGAUCUACGCUCUCGGCAGAGCUGCCCAGCAAGAGAUCCGCAUGCUCCAUGUCGACCCAAACAUUGUGCCAUAUUUCCAAAGUGACCCGUCUCACCGCAGCCAAGUCAUCCUCGAACAGCUGCGAGACCUUCUCGCUGACCCGCAAGUGCGUCCUGAGGUCCGAGAGCAAUUCAUUACUAUCAUCAACGCCACUCUCCGGUUCAACCUCGUCAUCUUCCACCAAAGCGCAGAGUUUCUGGCUCUCAAAGAAAUUGAGGAUGCAGUGCUUGACCUUGAGACCAUUCUCAAUCACGUCGAAUUCAUGGAAGAAAUGCUCAGAGAGCAGAUUCAGACUGCCGAUCAGGUUUCUUACACCUUGGGGGACGUCUCUAUGCAAGCUACUUCAGCCUACGAGCGCCUCUGCAAAAUAGCGACGGUGUUCGCCAAGACCAUGAAAAAGCCCCGUAACUAUGAACGACGACUGCUUGCUUUGUACAUGGAUAUGUAUGAGGAAUGGAUCCACUAUCCUUUCUUCCUUCUGCGCAACCGUCAGCUGUUGAAUGAACAGCACCCUAGCCCCGCACGCACAAAGCUUUCGCGUCGUGUCCUUGUCAUCUGGGAACUGAUGAACAGCUGCAUCGAAAGCUACGGUACCUUAACCUGGCUCACUCUCGAGAUUAAGCGACAGUAUUUUACGCCAAUGAUGGGUCAUCUUUGUGACUCGCCAGAGAUCUGGGAGCACUGCUGGGAUCGAUAUCAAGCACUCGAGAAGGAUCGGCAUAAGCUAGCUGAGCAGGUUUUGUCUCGAUAUGCCACGAUCUAA